UUUCUAUCAAUUAUCACAUGAACUAAAAAAAAUGACACAUUGAAAACCAAGAAAAGAAAUUAUUUUGCAAUAUUCUACUUUCGCUGCCAAUUGUGUUAUUUAAUUCUUUACAAUGAAAAUGCUAAUAGAUAAUUUAUUUCUUAGUAAUUGCUUAGUUAACAGACGCUAACAAAGUUAUGGAGAACCGUCAAUCGAAAGAGGAAGGCGAACUUUCAGAUGAGGACGAAAACGGCAAAAGUAAACAAAAUUUCAGCGUUUCAAAACUGACUGGUAAUUCUAACUCACAUUUAAAUGGUGCUACGAACUUCAAACCAAAUUCUGAAUUUGGAAAGCUAAGUAGACCUGAUCAAUACCACAAAUUUAAAUCACAUGUUCAACAAACACAGUCAUCAACCCAUGGCACUUUGCCAAAUCCAAGGCAAAUUUUACCACAACCAUCUCCUCUACCUCACAGUCACAAGAAAAAAGAGCAGGAAAGAGCUUGCAUUGUCAUUAAGAAUAAUUCCGCAGUCAACUCCAAUCGCAACAGAAGAGAAUCAACAACAGAUGCCUCGGAAAUAUCAUUGAAAUCUCCAACGUCCAAGAUAUGGGACAACAGAAAACUGAGGACCUCAAUGGAUAAAUAUAAAAAAGGCACAACAAAUGACGGGGAUAGCUACCAGACAUUAUUGCAACAGUAUAAAGAUAUUCAGAGACAGCCAGCUUGUAUUAAACACCCAUUAGACCUUCUUCAUGAGCCAGCCGCUACUGCAUCGGUUGAGAAAAAAAGAUUGACUUCUGAACAAGUAAUUGGUGAUACUGCAGAAUCUGUAUUAGAGAAACAAGUUGAAAAUAUAAAGGAAGAGACAAAAGAAGAUAUUGGUGAUGUAGAGGUCCAAGAUGAGGAAUUUGAUGAUGAAUUAGAUCUGUUAGAGUUACGUCGUAAUGCCCUAGCUUCAUUAUUAGCUGAGGCGAGGGAAGAUGGUGAAACUGAGGAAAGUGAGAACUCCUCGCACGGAGGGAUAGUAAGGGCAAGUGAUGAAUCAAGUAAAACCACAAGAAGAACAUCUCGUGAAAAAUCAUCACCUAAAACAUUUCAAAGACCUUCUAAUAGAGAUGGUUUGUCAAAAUCACAGAACAGGAACAAAAGCAAAAAUGAUGCAAGGGCUCAGAGACACUCGAGGUUUUUACGAGCACGGACACCUGCUUUACGAUCUUACAAAACAAGCUCAUUUACUUCACGUAGACCUUAUAAAAUAGAUGACAGAACACCAAGAAAACCCAUUCCAUAUACUAGAACUAGACAAAAUAGCUACCCUUCUAGGUCAAGUAUUAGUACCGGAAGAUUACGGUUGAGCAGCAAAGAGGAAAGACCGGUCACUCGACGUAACUCGUCAGACAAAAGAAGUUAUCUAGCAGAUUCAAAUGAUAUACAGAAGAUACUUAGUCUUGAUGACCCGGAGGAAAAAAUUGCUAGACUUCUGUCUAUGCUCGAUAAAAAUCUGUCAAAAGAGUCGGAGAAAAGAGCCUUGGAUGUGAAGGUGAGCUCAAAGACUAUAGAGGGUGUCGAUUCAGAGCCCACACAUGACAAUUAUGAAGAGGUAGAGAUGGAUAUAGACAGUGAUCCGGAAUCAGCCCCUGCUGCUCCUGUUAACCCAGUUGAAGAAUUGCAGUUUGAACCGGAUUUCUACAAUGCUAUGCAACCCAUGUAUAUGACAAUGCAACCGACUUAUGAAGGGUAUGAUCCUGCUAUGGGCUGGUCUAUACAAGGUCCGUCAUUCUCCGAUACUGCUAUACAUGCGUCAGCCUCUCAACCACAGCAAUAUCCUCCCGCGCCUUUGAUCUCAUUCUCCGAUUCACACAUUUCCAUGAUGCCAUAUAACACGGCCAUGUUUCAAGAUAUUAGUAGACCCUACCAGUUCUUGGAUCAACAUUCCCUACAAAUGGUUCCCGAUCAGAUGAGCGGGUUAAGAGACAUUCUGCCGCCCCCGCCACCUCCACCGUUGCCGUGUGAACCGCCACCAAAUCCGCCAUUACCUCCAUCAGACUCCCCACCUCUUCCAACGUGUUCCCCUCCACCGUUACCAACAGAGAGUCUACCUCCGCCUCCACCAGAGGGCGAUAGUGAGUCACAUGAUCAGAUUCAAUUUAUGAAUAAUUUACCAAUGACAAACACAUUCCAGCCUAAUCAACAGUAUAUGGCUAAUUUAAACUUUAAUAACAGUAACAAUGACUUAAAUGGUCAUGAGGAUCAGGAUUAUCGUCUCCGCGGAAACAUAGAAAUAAAUCACGACGUCAGUCAUCAUGGUAUGUCGGAGUCACGUCUGUUUAAAUUAGCUGGAUACAGUCCAACAACAAUACCAGACAGCUGGAAUUCUAGAAAUAAGGAAGUUGUAAAUUUAGAUAGGAGUGGAGAGUUUGGUAAUUUAGCAGACGACACUACAGGAAUUGGUAACGAAAGGCGCCCCCUGGCGGUACCAGAGGUUGUUACUGAAGAAGAAGAUGAUGGGGAAGAAGAAGAAGCCAUGCUUAGAGCACAUUUGUUACAGUCUAUGAUGAAAAAAAUGAAAGAGAAACAAAAACUGCUUGAGGAUGCAAGUAGAAGUGACAGUUCUUUAUCAAGAAGCCAGUCUCCUAGCUCAGUUCCAGUUGUUAGACAAGCUAAACCAAUACCACAGAAACAAGCUUACAGUAGAAUUCAUAUGGCAAAUUUGCCAAUUCAUAAGCCUGUGAUUAUCAACCUUGGAGAGGACUCUUCAGAUGAGGAGGAAGAAAAGUCACAAACAGCGCCAUCUGGUGUACAAAAACUACUCGGUGGACUUGAUUCAUUUCUAAAGGAGGCUAGACGCUCAACAGAGACAACUGGUGGUCAGUCACCAAAGAAAGUUGACGCAGAGAAAGUAUUAGAGAUGAAGAGGAGACAGGCGUUGAUGUCUAGAGUAAGACAGGAGGAAAUUAAUCUUCUCAAACAAAGUGAAAGUAUUACAAAAGACCAAACUUUAUUGAAGACUCUAGUGAACCAGGCAUCUAAGUAUCUACAGAAUGUAAAGAUAUCUGAAGCAAAGGUUAAACAGUUAACGGAACAAUUAGCAGCUGCCGAGAAAGUUGCCACUGCAAAUAAAGACAAUCUGGAGAAAGCCAAAAAACAGGCAAGGUUGGUUAAAGACCGACUGUUAAAGAAGAAGACAGAGUACGAGACUCUACAGAAGGGUUUGAUAGAAGCUGGGCGUGAGUUACACUGUGCCGAAUAUAAGAUUGGUGCUCCUCAGCCUGUUAGAAAGCGUGUUGUACAAUCUACAAAUCUACCUCUAAUCAAUUCACAAUCAGAGAACAGACCCAUAGUGACUAAACCUGCUGGCAAGCAUACAAUGAAAGAGAAUAUGACUGUUACUAUAAAUAACCCAUCUAUCGGACAAAUUACAAAUGUUCUUGACAAUGACCUUGUGUCAAACUCUGAGCAAAAAGGAAACGUGAUGGUCGCCCCUGUCACAGAAUCUGUAAAACAGUCUAGAAACAUGAACUCUAUUCAUACACAGAAACAGUCUUUACUUGAGAUGAAGGCUUUGCUGGAGAAACAAAAGAAAUUGGAAUUAGAACAGCAACGGAAGAAAAGAGAACAGAUACUGAAAGCAAAAGAAGAGAAAAGAUUAAAGAUAAUGAAACUCAGAAACGAAAUCAAACUCGGCGAGAUGAAGUUGAAACAUGCCGAGAUUGAUAAACAGAAAGCUGAGAGGCUUAAGAAUGAGCAGAAAGAUUUAGCAAUGAGUAAAAGCGUGCUGAAGAUGGAGAAAAUUGAGUUAGGAUCGGAUCCGAUUGAUUUGACUGAUGAAGCAAAUGAAAAUCUAACUAAAAGACGCAGGUCUUUGUUAGAACUGAAUCCAAGUACUAAGCCUGAUUUGAAAGUUAACACAGAAUUGAUAAGAAGUAAAUGCAGUGAAGACACAACUGAUAAUAUAUUUGAAAUUGCCAUACCAGAAGGGAAAAAUCUGCUGAGGAUUCUUAAACUUCAG